AUGAAUUAUUUAACAAGAAAACUUGAAGAAAAAAUUGGCUUAGAUUUGAAUGGUGAUGGUCGAAUUGGAGGACCUGGAAUAACUGCUAAACUUGAACAAGCAACUCAUAUUGAUUUUAAUCAUGAUGGAAUUAUUGGCGGAUAUAGACCACCACCGGGUGGAGGUCUUAUUGGUAAAAUUGAACGGCUAACACAUAUUGAUAUAAACCGAGAUGGAUAUAUUGGUGGUCGACCUGGAUAUCAUUGCCCUCCACCGCCAUCUCAUAACAAGAAACAUUAA